AUGCCUUCUAUCUCGCACUUGUUGUGUGCCGGCCUAGCUGCCACUCUUGCCAUUGCGGCCCCGACCCCUUCAAAAGUGUCAGACGUCGUCAAGAGGUCCUCAUCUACUUGCACCUUCACCGAUGCCGCAAGUGCCACGGAGAGCAAGUCGGACUGUUCCAAAAUCAUCCUCAGCAACAUUGAGGUCCCUGCUGGCAAGACUUUGGCGUUGACCGACCUGAACGAUGGGACUGAGGUCAUCUUUGAAGGAACCACUACAUUCGGUUACAAGGAAUGGGAUGGUCCCUUGAUCAAGAUCUCUGGAUCAAGCAUCACCGUCACGGCCGCCGACGAUGCUGUGAUUGACGGAGAUGGUUCUCGUUGGUGGGACGGCGAAGGUACUAACGGUGGCAAGACCAAGCCCAAGUUCUUCUACGCGCACUCCCUGGAUGACUCGACCAUCUCGGGUCUAACCAUCAAGAACACCCCCGUGCAGGCAUUCAGCGUUCAGUCGGACAACCUCGUCAUCAAAGAUGUCACGAUUGACAGCUCGGACGGCGACGACAACGGCGGCCACAAUACCGAUGGCUUCGAUAUCAGCGAAUCCUCCUACAUCACUAUCACCGGAGCCGUGGUCAAGAACCAAGACGACUGCAUUGCGAUUAAUUCGGGCGAGAACAUCUAUUUCUCGGGCGGUACCUGCUCUGGUGGACACGGUCUGUCCAUUGGAUCCGUUGGUGGCCGCGACGACAACACCGUGAAGAACGUCACUAUCACCUCGUCAACUGUUAGCGACUCUGAGAACGGUAUUCGUAUCAAGACCGUUUACGACGCUACUGGCUCCGUGUCUGACGUGACUUUCUCCGAUAUCACCCUGUCCGGCAUUACCGACUACGGCGUUGUUAUCGAGCAGGACUAUGAGAAUGGCUCGCCGACCGGUGACCCAUCCAACGGUGUCACUAUCUCUGACCUGACUGUGAACGGCAUCACUGGUUCCGUCGAGGAUGACGCUGUCGAGGUGUACAUCCUUUGCGGCGAUGGCAGCUGCUCGGACUGGACCUGGAGCGACGUCGACCUUACCGGUGGAAGCACUAGUGAUGACUGUGAGAACGUGCCCUCUGGGGCCUCGUGUUAG